AUGCCUCAUACAGCUCCUGGCCAACCUCGGCCAGAAGAGGCUCGAUGUUACAACUGUGGUGCUGCUGGCCAUUGGACUAUCGCAUGCCCAGAACCUACAAGAGAAACACCAGCCGGUCUUGCUGCAUGGAGGAACUCGAACACUCCUGGUCAGGGAGGUAAUAGGGACCAUCAUAAUGGCCCAAAGAAGUCGAAAGGUCCUAUUAUCACUAAGUAUGCACCUGCGCCCGGACAAGCGCCAGCACCAGGAGUGGCUCAAUACGGUCCUCCCCCAGGCUAUGGUCCUCCUCCGCCUACACAUUAUCCAGGAGGACCUCCUUCAUAUCCUCCUCAUUAUCCCCCUUACGGCGGCCCAACGCCUGGCUAUGCAUCUGGAUACUCACCUCCAGGAUAUUCUAAUCCUUAUCCUCCGCCUUCCUACGGUGCUCCUCCCCCAGGUCUACCAGCGCCUCCCCCAAGACCACCGGGCACUUAUAAUUCUCCCCCGCCACCUCCUCAACCUCCCGGACCAUCGUCUUAUUCACGUCCGUAUGGGCCUCCGCCGCCUCGUCAAGACCAUCCACCCUACGGUCACCAACCUCAUCAACCUCAUCAGCCUCCUUAUCCCCAUUACCCUCCGCCUGCUUCAGCACCAUACGGGCAGCACGCUCCGCCGCCAUCAUACCCACCCCCGUUCCCUCCUCAUAGUGCACCACCUACAUAUGGACACCCUCCGCCAUCGCGACCUCCUGUUCCAUCCCCGGCACCGCCGAAAUCAUGGCAAAAUCGGUCAUCUGGAUCACCACCUGUGCCACGUCAAAGUCCUGCCUCAACAUUGUCUUUGCCUGCUUCAUUACCACCAAAGCCCCCUUUACCUCCAAAACCACCACAGCCUCACCAGCAUGGACAGCCAAAUAGAGGUCGUCGAGACUUCACGGACCACACUCGCGAUCAUCGGAACAAACGCAAAAAUGACCGACACAAUCGCAAUCACGACAAUCGACAAAAGAAGAACCAGCAUCAGCCACGGCAAGAACAGAAAUCACAAGACGGCAAUAAUAGACGUGACUCCAAGACUCCCAACCUUCCAAAACCCCCACCGACCCCAAAGCAAGAUGAAAAGGAAAAGGUCCCAUCCAGUACUCCUGUCAAGCAAAAGUCAAGUACACCUUCAGGGACACCUGAAGCUAAGAAGGCUCAAGUUGAAAGUCCUAUACCUGAUUCCUCACAGAAACCAGAAAUAGAAAUAGAAACAGAAACAGUACCUGAAAAGGCAACCGAAGACGAUUUGGAAUGGGAGAAGAAGGCCAUCCUCAAAGAGCCAGAAUCCCAUCAUCCUCCGGAUGAAGUCGGCAAGCCAUUGCCUGCAGAGUAUAAUGACGAGGUGCUUCUUCCUAGAAAAUGGGAUGCUAUAUGCAUCGAAUCGGACUAUGUCAAAGCUGACAAUAUCGAGGAAUAUGUCAAACCCAUACACGAAACACCGUAUUGGUCAGACGUCGAAUUCGACCCCGCGUUUGUACGGGACGGCAAGCUUCCUAGCGGGGAUUCAGUCACUGAGAUCCCGCCAAGGAUCGAUGAAAAGGUUCGGAGUGAAAGGUCCGAAAGUGGGGAGGUCCUUGAACAACACCCCAAACGAGAUCACCCAGAUGACGAUAAUAUUGUUGAACGACCAUUGAAAAGGCAAAGAUCUCGUAGCUCCUCCAACACAAAUCGCAGAGGAUCACACGACGGUCAUUCGGGUCUACGUGAUACCUAUGAACCCAAGAGGCGUAAAUCACGUCAAGAUAGUUCCGAGCAUCGGUCAACAAAUCAUCGUAACAUCGAUGACCAUCGGCGAUUAGACCGACACCAUCGAGAUCGAGAUAGAGACCGAAGUCGCAGCCGCAGUCGCAGCCGUGGGCGUAACCGUAGUCGAAGUCGCAGCCGAACGCCAGCCUCACGAGACUCUUCGGUGUCGGUUGCAUCGUCAGGAUUGGAUUCCUUGGAAGCUGAAUUGCUAGGACGGGAUUCCAAGGCUAAGACACCUGAAGAGUCCCCAAGGCGAAAGCCUUCAAUGUCUGGGCUAAAGCCUAAGCGUCGCCAGACGAAGCUCGACUCAGCCUACAGCCGUCGCUGGUAG